CUUUGGACGCCAUAAGCCUUCCUUGGUACUGCUAAGUAUCGCUUGGCAACGGAGCACAGUAUGUGCUUGGUAUACUGUACUGGCUUUCGGAAUAAUGAUGAGAUUCCUAGUCCCACUAGAUAAUAGCCUGCACUUUGUCCAGGGUACUUGUUAAUUUGCCUUUUCUUUUUUCUACUUUCUUUUCUCUUCUCUUAUCUUAUCCUGAAUCUCUUUUCAUCAUCCGCAUGCUUCUCGUACUUUUUAUUGUAUUUUAUUUGUUUACCUUAUCAUCUCAGAGUCCUAACAGUGACAACAGAGUAUGUUGCUACUCAUUAUCAGCUUAAUUGUCCUUGCUUUAAUCCUUAUCUCCUUCGUCCCUCAUAUAUAUCAUGCUUGGCUAGAUAAGGGUACUAGAGAAAUUUCAUUGCACUACCUACUUUUCAAUGCCAUUUGUUCCACGGAGCAUCUACUUAUGGUCUUCUUCUACACCAUCAACCUCCAUAUCGAUUCCCCCGUCGAUCUCCCGAUCGAUAUUCCUACUGAGGCAGGCUACUGGACUCACAAUCCGCGUAAUGCACUUGACUGGGUCAAUUUUGUCCAAGUAUUAGGCGUAUGGGUAUUAUGGAAUAUCCUGUUGGGGCUCAACCUCUACCACAGACCUACUAAUCGGCUUCGUAAGCCUUUGAUUGUAGUCAUUUAUUUUGGCUUUCUCAUGGUAUCCAUAGGCCCUGUCAUAGCCGACGCAGUGUCGGAUAUCUUCUGUCCUCCACACCAUCCGAACUGUCCUCAGAUUGAGCGAGAUCCCAUUGCUCUCUUCCAUGGCCUUCAUUUUUUCAUUCUUUUGCCAUUUCUUACGACUAUACCACUUGUUAUAGGAAUAGUCAAGCAAGCCCGCAUACCCUUACAAACUCAUAAUAUUACUGGGCUUAAGUUUCAGGCAGUGGCUUUCACGCUCUCAGCUGUUGCUUGGGUCCCCAGAGUCUCUGUUCCAUGGGACUUAUACCUAGAUGGUACACACCCGAUAAUUCUGGUUAUCAAUGCAUGGUACCAUAUGGUUGGAUUUGUCACAGUUGAUGAUGCAGUCUUUGCUUUGGGGCAAGGAAUUUUCUUAUGGUUGUCUUUACGACAGAUUAAACGUGCGGAAGAAAGAGAAAGACAGCCGCUUUUGGAGUGAUAUAUACAUAAUAAUACUUAAGUCUCACUCAAGCCUUUCCAGUGGUAUGUUUUUUUUUUUUUUUUUUUUUU